AUGGCCCUGAGAAGAUGCACCUCAGAAGGUUGGCCCUCGGAGAGGAUGGCUGUGAAACAGGUCCUGGGCCCCUGGUUCCUGGUCUACACCUGUGUCAACUCUUGUGUCUGCUGGGGAGCCUCCGUCCCAGAGCGCGGAACAGGGCCGCAGGCUGGGACAUUCACCUGCCUCAGCAACAGUCUUUUCAGGAUUGACUGCUCCUGGUCGACUCCAGAGCUGGGCCUGGAACCCAGGGCCUGGCUCCUCUUUACCAGUAACCAGAUGACGGACAUCAGGCACAGGUGCACCUUCUGGGACAGCGUGUGUACCCUCAUGCUGCCUCCAGAGGAGGUGCUGGUGCCGACCGAUAACUUCACCAUCACUUUGCACCGCUGCGUCCUGGGGCAGGAGCAGGUCAGCUUGGUGGACUCACAGUUCCUGCCGCGGAGACAUGUUAAGCUGGACCCUCCCUCGGAUCUGCAGAGCAAUGUCAGCUCCGAGCGCUGUGUCCUGACCUGGAGCAUCAAUUUUGCUCUGGAGCCCUGGAGCACACUCCUCAGCUAUGAGCUGGCCUUCAAGAAGCAGGAAGAGGCCUGGGAGGAGGCCCGGCACAAGGACCAUAUUGUUGGAGUGACCUGGCUCAGCCUUGAAGCCGUCGAACUGAAUCCUGGUUCCAUCUACGAGGCCAGACUGCGCGUCCAGAUGACUUUGUCGGAGGAGGAUGGGGACGCGGUAGAGGGGGAGUAUUAUAAGAGCCACUGGAGUGAGUGGAGCCAGCCAGUGUCCUUCCCUUCUCCCCGGAGAUGGAGACAGGGUCUCCUGCUCCCGUCCUGGCCAUGGUCAAAUAGCAUCCUGGUCACUGUGUCCAUCUUUCUUCUGCUGACCAGCCUUAUCCACCUUCUGUUCAAGCUGUCACCCAGGGUGAAGAGGACCGUCUACCAGAAUGUCCCCUCCCCAGCAGUCUUCUUCCAUCCUCUCUACAGUGUGUACAACGGAGACUUCCAGACCUGGACAGGGGCCCACAGAGCCGGACCACAACCAAGACAGCAUAGCGUCAGCACUCCAUCAGGAGGCUCAGAGUCCAGCAUCGGGGAAGCCAUCACAACGCUCACCUACAGCCCAGCACGCCCUGUGCAAUUUUCCAGCCUGGAGUGGGAAGACACAGGCCCUGGCUUCCCAGGGCCCCCAAGCUUAGAGCAUGUGCUGCCAUCAGGGUGUCUGGAGUUGGAAGAACAGCCAUCUGCCUACCUGCCCCAGGAGGUCUGGGCCCCUAUGGGCUCUGUCAGGCCCCCUCCUCUAGACUCAGACGGAGGCAGCAGUGACUAUUGCAUCCUGGACUGUAGUGAGGAGGGCCACCCCUCAGCAUUCCCAGAACACACCCAGAGCCCCGAGCUCACACAGGCUCAGCCGGUGGCCCUUCCUGUGUCCAGCAGGGCCUGA